UGCUUCAGUGGGAGUGGGAGUGCGAGUGUUACUUAUCUCGCAAGCUCGCGAGACGGGAGGGGGGUGGAAUGGGAGUGCGUCGCGCGAGUGUUAUUUAGGUCGCGAUCGAGCUCGAGAUGUCUCGCGAUCUAAGAAUUACUUCUACGAGUGCUAUAAAUUUCAUCAAGCAGUUACAUGGAAAUUUUUUCUUUCAGAUAAAAUUGUUCAGGUUGAGUCGAAGCCUUUUCAUUUGUCCAUCUUUUCAUAUCUAUCUUAAUGAAGAUUCAGGAAGAAUUCAUGGCAUAUGUUGGAGAGGAGAAAAGGACUGGAGUCGAUGAAGCAGGAAACAGGCGAAGACCAGGGCGUCCGCCAGGGCCGUCACUGUCUGAGGAAGAAGAGAAGAGAAGGAGGGAGGAGAAAAUUAUAAGGGAUAGGCUAUAUCGGGCCGAAAAGACGUCUCAGCUUAAGGAAUACGAGGAGUUUUGUAAGGACCCUGAAAUUGCUGUCAAGUUCAAAGCCUUCAAGCAAAGAAAACAAGAGUUCAAGGAAGCAUUAAAUCAGCUUGAAAAAGUUUUGAUGGUGCUAUUAUCUGUGCCUUACUUCCUUCCAAGUUCCUACCAUGCACCUUUUCUUUUUAGAGUUUUAAUAUAAAAGUCCCCUGUUUUGCAGUCCAGACUGCCAAACAGGAUGGUUGGAUGGGGGAGGACCCCUUGGGCCCACCCCUCAUCCAACAGUAUUGGGGGCCUUCCUGGUUCAUCCAACAGUUUCAUCGGACUGCACAACAAUAUUUCAUUAAUAUAAUAUAUUUAUCACAUCACAGUCCUAUGUACCCACAAAUGGGCUCUGAUGUUGCCCCCAAGCCACACAUUAUCAUUAUGUGCAUGUUUUCAAAAGUAUGUUUUCCUUCUGCCCUUUAUCUGAAUCUGUUCGACUCUUUCU